CUGUUUCGCUCCUUCACAAAAUAACCUUAUUUUACUCAUUUUCAUCUUCCUCCCACUCCAGCAGACUUUGUCUUCUUCUUCUUCUUCUUCUUCAAUCUCUUUCUCUCUGCGGCCAUGAAAAUUGGGGCUUAGGGUUUGAUCAAAUUCUCGAUUCUUUUCAACAAUGGCUACUUGCCCUGUCCCUAUUCCUGAGCUCACCUUUCUCUCACAUCAAACCACUCCCAAACGCCGCCUUUCUGUUUCAAGAAUUUCUCUUUCUAAAAUCUCUCUCUCCGGAUACCCGAGGUAUGGUAUUCGGUCCCCAAUCAGAGCGAUUAAAGAGGACGGCCUUGUGGUUGAAGAGAGAGAAGCCGAAUUUAUCAAGAAAGUGAAUGGCGUGGAGUUGAGUGGAAAUGGAGCUGGUGUUAGUACUAGUGGUAGCAGUUACGGGAGCAAUGGCUCAGUGAAGAAGUACUCGAACGGCAGUGUGAAUGGGGCGAGUAAUGGGAGCUUGGUGAAGUUCGUGAAUGGCAAUGGCGUGGCAGGGGAAGUGGUGGAAGAAGUUGAAGUUUUGGAGUCCAAGGAGGAAGGAAGGAAGAAGAAUAUUGAGGAAAUUGGAAAGGAAGAUGCGUGGUUUAAGCGAACCGGGCAACCAAAAGUCGAGGUUUCUGUUGCACCUGGUGGCCGUUGGAGUAGAUUCAAAACUUACUCGACAAUUCAGAGGACCUUGGAAAUAUGGGGAUUUGUUCUAACAUUCCUCAUAAAGGCUUGGUUGAACAAUAGAAAAUUCACUUACAAAGGGGGAAUGACAGAGGAAAAGAAAGCGUUGAGGCGUAAGGCCCUUGCCAAGUGGCUGAAGGAGAACAUUUUGAGAUUAGGUCCAACAUUCAUCAAAAUUGGCCAGCAGUUCUCCACAAGAGUGGACAUUCUUGCUCAAGAAUAUGUUGAUCAAUUGUCAGAACUUCAGGAUCAAGUUCCUCCUUUCCCAUCAGACACAGCUGUUUCUAUUGUUGAAGAAGAGCUUGGUGCCCCUUUGAAAGAUAUAUUUGAUCGGUUUGACUAUGAACCAAUAGCAGCCGCAAGUCUUGGUCAGGUCCACCGUGCAAGAUUGAAGGGACAGGAAGUUGUUGUUAAAGUACAGAGGCCUGGACUGAAGGAUCUUUUCAAUAUUGAUCUUAAGAACCUGAGGGUAAUUGCAGAAUAUCUACAAAAAAUUGACCCAAAGUCUGAUGGUGCGAAGAGGGAUUGGGUUGCUAUCUAUGAUGAGUGCGCAAAUGUCUUAUAUGAGGAGAUUGAUUACACCAAGGAAGCUGCUAACUCUGAACUAUUUGCAAGUAACUUCAGAAACAUGGAUUAUGUUAAAGUCCCAACAAUAGUAUGGGAAUACACUACACCACAGGUUCUGACAAUGGAGUACGUCCCAGGGAUCAAAAUUAACAAGAUACAAGCUAUAGAUCAAUUGGGCAUUGAUCGGCAAAGGUUGGGUCGAUAUGCUGUUGAAUCAUACUUAGAGCAAAUUCUGGCUCAUGGAUUUUUUCAUGCCGAUCCUCAUCCUGGAAAUAUUGCUGUGGAUGAUGUCAAUGGUGGAAGAUUGAUUUUUUAUGAUUUUGGAAUGAUGGGAAGUAUCAGUCCAAACAUUAGAGAAGGUUUGCUGGAAACAUUUUAUGGAGUUUAUGAGAAGGAUCCAGAUAAGGUCCUUCAGGCAAUGAUUCAGAUGGGUGUUCUUGUGCCUACUGGAGAUAUGACAGCUGUGAGACGAACAGCACUAUUCUUUCUUAACAGUUUUGAAGAGCGUCUUGCUGCACAGCGAAAAGAGAAAGAAAUGGCAACAGCCGAACUUGGGUUUAAAAAGCCAUUGAGCAAGGAGGAAAGGAUAGUGAAAAAGAAGGAAAGGCUUGCUGCAAUUGGUAAUUCACCUGGUUUAAAAUCUAGUAUCCAUGAUACGGCUCUAUCCCUGACUAUAGUUUUGGAAUUUCGCAACUAACUUUUUGAUUUGGAG